AUGCAGCCGGAGUGCAGGGUUCAAGUGGAGGAGAAAGAGAUCUCACGAGUGAAAGGUUGUCGCUGCUCUAAGACCGCUUUGGUUCUGCUCUGCACCUUGACACUGGUGGGAUGCGCUGCCACUGUUUUGAUCAUAAAUCCACAAUUUCAGGCAACAAAACAGGAGGAUGGACAUUUGGAAGAGCUGAGACUCUCGCUGAGGCAGACCAGCGUCAGGGCAGCCAUCCAUCUCGUUGGUGUAUACAACGCGGUCUCCAAGACGCUGCAGUGGAAUGCAGGGGUGGACCAGGCGCACUCUGAGGGGGGUCUGCGUUUGGAGAAAAAUGAAAUCGUAGUACCUCAUGACGGUCUGUACUUCGUCUACAGCCAGGCCUCGUACCGCAUCAGCUGCAGGAAGGGCCCCGAGGAGCCCCCGCACCCUGUGCAGCUCAGCCACUCUGUGGAGCGCUGGUCCGACUCUUACGGCAGCGGAGACGAGACCGAGCAGGAGUACAGGCCCAUCCUCCACACGCUGAGGACCGCCUGUGUGAGAGGGACCCAAGACCAGGACCAGGACCAGGACCAGGUCCAGGGCGCACACAGCUUCUCUGGGCUCUAUGUGGGGGCCAUGUUUAACCUGAAGGCGAAUGACCGCCUCCGUACUGUGCUCAGCCCCGACCCUCUGCUGCGGGGACAGGUGGAGGAUGGCCAUGGGGAGACCUUCUUUGGGGUCUUUGCUCUGUGA